GUUUUCGCUUGUUCGAAUGAACAUGUUUAUCAACAUGCUGACCACAGGUAAUAAGUGAGAUAAGAGAGAAUGUAAACAGUGAUCCUCCAGCACCUCUGCGAUCAGCUUUCGUUCAAAUCACAACCUGCAUACUCUCAACACCUUACUGGAAUCGAAAUUCGGCUCCCUUUGUAGUUGGAUUUGGAGUAAAUGUUUUGAAUUUCCUCGAAUAUCGACGGAUGAGGAUGCUAAAAAAUGAGGAGUUGCGCACACCAUCUUAAUGAGCACUUCAACAAUCUCCUGCCCAAAUCCUGUCUCUCUGAAGCGACCCACAUUGGCCACCCAAUUUUUUCUGGGCGGGUCGACUGCCGGGUUGACCGGGUGUAGGAGCUGGAAGAGAAGUUUCCAGAAGCUGAUUCCUCAGGUCAAGAAAAGGAAGGAUUGGCAGAGGAGUUGGUGGAAGAGUUUCUUUGACGAGAAAGGGAACUGGUUCGGGUUGAAGGAUGAUUAUAUGCCGGACGAGGUUGAAUUUGAGGAGAGCUUGACUGUGGGUGAUGACUUGGAGUUGUCGGAGAAGGAGAAGUUUGAAGCGUGGAAACAACGAGCGGAGGCUAUUGUAGAGUUGAGGGAAGCCCAGGAGGAUAUUAGAAAUGAGGAGAACAGGAGUUGGGAGGACUGGCUUGUGGACCCCACUACUGCUACUACUACUAUUGAUUCUAAUAGAGGUUCUUCCUGGGAACAGAAUUCCAAUGGCUCCAUUGGGAAUUAUAGAGAGGGUUCUAUGGGGGAUGAUGACCCCAGUGAGGUAAUUCCUCUUAAGAAGGUGGCUGAAUCCGUCAGGGCUAUGGUGUUUGGCGGGGAUGAUGAUGAUAUUCUUUAUGAAGAUCGUGUUAUACAGUAUGCUUCCAUCAAUUCGGCUAAGUUUUUGGCGGUGUUGAUUAUAGUUCCAUGGAGCAUGGAUUUUUUAGUUCACGACUAUGUGCUAAUGCCUUUUCUGGACAGGUAUGUGAAGACUGUACCACUGGCAGCAGAGAUGCUUGAUGUGAGGGCAUCCCAGAAGCGCGAAUUGGUUAAGGAACUAAAACUUGAAAAAGCUCGUUACCGUUUUGAGGUUGAGAUUGGCAAAUCCCCAUCUCUUUCGGACAAGGACCUUUAUACGGGGCUUCGGGAAAAAGUGAUAGAGAUGCGGGAUGAACGGAGGUUAGAGAAUCGUCGUGAAUUUGCUAAUAUAUGGUCAGAUGCUGUAUUUGGGAUCUCAUUAUUAAUUCUUUUGAGCUUCAAUCAGAGUAAAGUGGCUUUGCUCAAAUUCACUGGUUACAAAAUAAUAAAUAAUACCCCGGACGUUGGGAAGGCAUUUAGUAUUAUUCUCCUCGCCGAUAUAUUCUUAGGGUAUCAUUCAUCAUCUGGUUGGGAGACUUUGUUAGAGGCUAUCGCGGAACAUUAUGGGCUUGAUGUUGAUAAGGACGCCAUAACCAUAUUUGUUUGCAUUGUUCCAGUUGCAGUGGAUGCAUACUUCAAAAUUUGGCUCUAUAAGUUCCUACCAAGGCUAUCCCCAAAGGUGGCAACUCUUUUGCGGGAAGUGAAGAGGCAUUAGAAAGAGUUUUAUUUUCUUCUCCAGCAGCACCUGUAUAAAUUUGGAAGAGGCAUUAUUCUCUGCCAUUUUCUUUCCUCUUGUUUUCUUUCCUUGUAUGGAUGUGUGGCCUAGGUUUGAGCAAUCGAAUUGUCUUAGAUAGAUUCAUUAUCAUCAUACAAAACAGCCAUAGCCUGCCUGUCCAAGGAUGUCUGCAUUCAGCCAUUCAGGCAAUUUUGUGUGUAUUAUCAACUUUAAAUUUCCACUAAAUAUAUGUUUUCUGUUGUUUUCGCCAAAUUGAUUGGGGGUUAUAAGUGAUGAAAUGGUUUAGUAUUUUUUGUUGAAAUUGAAAUAAAUGGCAAAAUUAUCGAGUUCA